AUGUCGGGAACCUGAACAUGCUUCAAUGCCGUCGAGACAUUCUAGUAUGAGCCUGGCCGCAUUGGCGUCGUGUUUGUGGUGGAGAUACGUUCUGGAGAACGUUAGCAUUCCGACGCGUGCCUUGGCAAUCGUGAGUGCGCCCGUGUCAACGGUUGACGGGAUUUCGCAAGUGAGGGAUUGCGCGAUUUUGUGGUUAGGUGUUGCUUGGAUUUGGAAUGACCGUAUCAGCGUCAAUUUGCACACGCCUGGGACAAGCGCAAGUGAUCCCGACUUUCGAAAUUUGGUCGCUGGGAUGAAGAUCCAGUGACCGGGCGUAGCGCCUCCAAAGUUGCUUUUUCCGAUGGUGUAAUUUGCAUCGCGUUUUCGUUCUGAGGGUCGAGAUUGCUCUUCCUGGUUGCGGAGCGAUUCCCAGCGCAAGGCUACCUGCGUGUGUGAUUUUCUGUUCGCUGCUUGGGGGAUCGUUCCGAACAGAGUGAUGUUUUUGUAGUUUUAUUUUGACGAAGGACGAGCAUCAAUGGCUGUCUUCAAUCUGGAUCGAAGUUUUUGAGCAAGCGAAAUUAUGCCGAGCGACCACUCCUUCUCUGAUGGAAUGCCUGCACUGACCUCCACAUCGAAGUGGCCUCGGUAUUUGCGCCAGCGUCUACACAUAUCCCAAGUUUGCAAGUGACGGGAGGUCUGGACUGGUUGAGCCAAGAUGAUGCAAACGCGGAAGGACAUUUUGGAAAUCGACAGGGAGAGUGUGAUUGUCAUCUCCAAGACGAAGCUCACAGAUGGCUUACUCCAUCUGCUAGGGCCAGAUGAGAGGACGGAGUUCAGAAUUCUGUGCAGACGAGUUGAAUCCACCAUACGUGCUUGGUACAACCUUCAGUUUGAGGACUUGAAUCAUCUGUAUUCACUAUUCGAUCCUAUCCACGGGCGGAGGAAGUUGGAGCAGUUGCAUCUCAGUCCGGCGAAGGUGGAUGUGAUGGAGCAGCGGUUCCUGAAAAUCUUGUUCCAGGUAAUGGAGAAGAGCAACUUUCAAAUACUGAACGAUGCCGAGGUAGAACUGGCGCAGUCAGGCCAGUACCUUCUAAAUAUGCCGAUUGCGGUUGACAAAUUCAAGUUGGACAAGAGGUUGUUUACAACAUAUUUCAAGGAGAAUAAAGUUGAUGAAGUGCCUUCUUAUGCGGAUCAGUACGUAAUUUUCCGACGCGGAAUUGGAAUCGACAGAACCACAGAUUAUUUCAUCAUGCCCAAGCUGGAUCUCCUCAUUGAACGCACUUGGGGUUGGGGUCUCGAAAAGUUGGGGCUGCGGAAGGUGAAGACUGAGGAAACUGUGAACCUACACUCUUUGUCGAGAAAGGGAUCGAAAGGGGAGAAGAGGAUUCAAGACGGCGCGCAGAAUGAGGAGAAGGCUCCAGGAGCUGACAACAACGAGCUUCGGUUUGAACGUAUUCGAAUACAAAAUAUGGAUCUCAGUUUCAAGAAUCUGUUCACUCAGAAUACAGUGCAGGAGCCCACAUUCGACCGUAUGAUCGUGGUUUAUCGGAAUGCCUCGAAACCACACCACAUCCUUGAUCCCCUGGGAGACAGAGCCAUUCACAUCCGGCAUUUUCGAAAUAUUCCUAUGGCAGACAUGGAGCUUGUUCUUCCUGAGAAGAAGAAUCCAGGUUUGACACCUAUGGACUGGGUGAAACUAACUAUAUCGGCAGUUCUUGGCCUGGUUGCCUUGAUUGGAUCGACAGAAUCGGGGAAAGGUGACGUAUGGGUGCUAGUUGCAGUCCUGGGUGGCAUAAUUGGAUACAUUGCAAAGAUAUAUUUCACGUUCCAUGCCAAUCUGGAGGCGUAUCAGAAUCUUAUUACUCAAUCCUUGUAUGACAAGCAGCUCGAUAGCGGAAGGGGAACUCUACUCCAUCUAUGCGAUGAUGUCAUCCAGCAAGAGGUGAAGGAAGUGAUUAUGGCUUACUUUGUGUUAAUGAGCCAAGGCAAAGCUACUGAUCUGGAAUUGGAUAAACGGUGCGAGGAGUUGAUGGCCACAAAGUUUGGUGAGAAAUGCGAUUUUGAUGUAGAAGAUGCACUAGAGAAGCUGGAAAAGUUGCAGAUCAUAACGAAAGAUGUGAACGGGAAGUACUCGCAUCAACCUCUGAGAAAAGCCAACGACGCUAUAGGUGAAACCACCGAUGAGCUUGUUGAACGGAGAAGCCGGUGAUUAGAAAAGGCUUUAUGUUAUCCCUAUCGAGAUUCAAUGAAGGCUGCAGGGUUUUGUAAGAGCAUUGGAAUAACUGCAGGCUUGGAGGAGGAAAUUUUCCUUGUGAUAUUCUCUGACAAGUAGUUUUGGACAGGUUUGUGUGUUUGUAAAUGCGCAACGCACCGUAGUUUGUUCCAGCGCACAACACAACCACUGCUCAGCUUUCUCCCAAGUGUAGUAAAAUGGGUUUUUCUAUUCCACAUCCAGGCCCAUCCUUGGUGUGUAUCUGGGUGCUUCAGCGCGGGCUGCUAUUAGCUUGUAUUUUCAUCAGCUUUUACCUUAUUUAGGUCUCAUGCUGAGGUCUUCACACGCUUUUGAAUGGGCGUGGAGGAGCUUUAGCUUGCUUUAUACGUAA